GCCUCGCGCUUGCGGCCCUGCAGCGGCGGCGGUAACGUCAGUUUUACGCCGGGAGCUAGCGCGACCGAAUCUCGCACGGGGUGUUUUUAGUCGCGUGGAGGUGUGCUGAUUCUCGUUGUAUCGUCUCUCGCGAAAGUGUGGAUCGAGGUUGGAGUUUUGUGGUGUGGUUAGUUUGGUGGAGGAAAGGGCUUGUUUUUUCUUUGGAUUUUCGGGGGUGACGGUUUCUGGUAUAUUUCUGGUUCAUUUCAUUACGUUUCGAUAAAUUUACGUUAAAGCUCGUUAGGCCGAAGGUAUUCAGUUCGUGCGUUCGAUUACUCAAAGGAAUUUCAUUUUAUUCUCAAUUCAACUUGUACAACGAGUCGAUAUCGCAAAUUUAAUCGUUAAAAAGUAUCCGCAAAGAAAAACACGUUUGGGUUUCAUUCUCUUCCACGACGUAUGCAACAGCUCUUAAUUCAGCCGUAUCCUUUAAAGUCCGCUUAAGAUAUUAAAAUUCCUGGCAAUAAUUUACAUAGAACAGGAGACAAAGGCUUUUGUGUGUAAGUUUUGACUUGAAAAAGCCCGAAGACGUUGACUCGAGGAAAAAACCGGCUCUUCGGGGGGCAAAAGACUAUGCAGCAUCGCAUCAGGCCUGCCCGGUAACAACACCCCUUUUUCAAUUCGCAUUUCGCGCUUGUUUGGCAAACUCAGCAUUCUUUUGGCUGGCUUUUGUCACUCUCAAGUCUCCUUCAUUUACAAUUGAAAUUCUGUGUCUUAACACCACCUGCAUCGAGACAGUUGCAUAAUUUAUAUAUCCGAACGUAACCUUUUUACUCAACUCGGCUUUACGACUUUCUUCGUAGCUGUAAAAUUAUUAGGCAUACCUCUUAGCUGAACUAAUUUAAUUCCCACAGAGUAGGGAGAUUUACGCGGUACUUUCGUUGUGGUGAAAGCGUUGUUAAUUAACCUCGGUAUAGACGCAAAGUUUCGCGAUGUAUGCAUACGCUGAAUUUCAAAUCCCGAUACGCGGAAUCUCUCCGACUGAGAUUAGGAAUCGGCGGUCUAUUUUUAAGGAAAACUACUGCGGUAUUCAUGCGAUAAAUCGCAAUUAAAUCGUAAUCCGCGCAAGUAGUUGCGGGCCGAGUUCAGCAAGACUCUAGUCUCCACUUCUUCACCUACAAGCGCAACAAUCUCAGACGAUUACCUCCGAUUAACAGAAUUCUCUUCCCAAGCGAUUCCUGAUCGACAAAACCUCGUCCCAAAAAUAACCAUCUCUGCAGGCAUAAAACCAAACGACCUAUAGCCUCCCUCUCAACUUGGCAAUGGUCAUCAGUCUCCCUUUCUUCUCGUCCGAGCACACGGGAUAAUAUCCGCGAGCGAGCAAACGCGGCUGCAGCAGUACAGUAUCGGCGUGCGCGCAGCCCGCGGGACAUAUAUCGGUGCAUAAGGUCGUUGCCGGAGGAUCGAUACUCCUCUCUCGUCGACCUUCGUCUCGCAGCAGCCGGGCACGCGAGCGAGCGUCGCUCGCGCGCGCGCGUUUUCACUCCACGACGUCGCACAGCUCGCACACGUACGUAUGUAUGUGGGUAUAGGAUAUACAGAGGCCCGUAGGAUGGCUGCUGUUGCCUGGAUUCUCCUCUUCUUUGGCCAGUCUCUUUCGCUGGUUCUCUCUCUCUCUCUCUCUCUCUCUCUCUCUCUCUCUCUCUCUCUCUCUCUACGUGUACAUACCGCGUGCCCGGUGCUCGAUGAAAAAAGGAAACGUAGAAAGUGGCCGAAUCGAAUCCUGUCGAAUGCUCGCUACUGCUGGGGGAGAGACUUUUUUAUAAAUUUUGUUUGCGUUUCGUUUGCUGAGGAAUUCGGAUGUUGAACGAUUAAAUUUAUUCUUCCUCGAUACAGGUUGUUUGCGACGCUAUCGUUUGCAUUAAAAUUCUCACGAAAUUAAGUGAUUCAGCAAAAAUCGCUAAAAAAUAUUGCAAAAAAAAUCAUUGGCCACUCUCCUUCCCUCGCGUUCGUUCGGUGCACACGUACACACAAUAUGCACGUGAAACCCAGAUCGUCCUUCUCCUUAAGCUCUGCUCUUCGUCUCUCUCUUUUUCUCUUCUCUGGCGUCUUCGGCUCCUUCUCGUUCGUGAGAAAGAUCCGAGGAGUCUCUCUCGCUUGGUCCCGACGAGGCCUUGUUUCGCUUGCGCUCGUUAUUGCAGCAGCCCGCGGCGGCGCAUCGACGACGUAGAUCGCCGCUGCAGUCGCUGCUGCUGCUGUCGCGCGCACACGCUUUGCGGAGUUACGUCUGAGCUGCUCUACUGGCGAGUUGUACACUGCGGUCUUGAACUUUUGGGAGGCUGCUUUUGUUGUGCGGGUUUACGAAAGGGUUGUAAGGUAUAGCUCGACGAAGUGUAAGACGUUGAUGAAUGGAGUAAAUCGAGGCGAACAGUGCGGUGCAAAUAAACAUUAUUUAGAGAGUUCCCUCUCGAUGGAACAAUGCAGUAUUUAAAUUACAACAACGCACCUGGAAAUUUUGACUUUGAGAAAAAUUUUAAGGUUUUUUGUAACAACGACAAGGACAAAAUGUCGAACGGCCAGCACCACCAACGCUCCGCGUACGCGGAAGCGCACGCAGUCGCACACGCGGCCGUCCAGCAACACAUGGCCCAGCAAGCAGCUCAAGCGAGAUUGUUGUCUGGACCGGUACCAAGUGCCGCACCACAGCCUCCGAAUCCGACGUUCACGUUACCGGACGACGGACUGGGUUACGAUGACGGUGUGCGGGUUCUGCGGUCGAUCGGAACGUGGUCUCCAGACUACUCGUCAGCAAUGCGACCAGGUGCCGUGAUGCCAGCGUUCCCUGGUGCCGCUGAGCCUCAAUUCAGCAACGGUCGAGCCCAGGGCACAACUGGCGCUACGGGGACGGUGAAUCAACAGCAGCAGCAGCAGCAACAGCCCUUGAGAAAUUCGAAUGCCGGCAUCAGGCCGGGCUCCGUUUCGAAAGCUACCAAUACAGGCGAGCCCACGACCAAAGCGUUCGCCUGCACAGUUUGCGGCAAGGGUCUCGCGCGCAAGGACAAACUCGUCAUCCACAUGCGUAUACACACCGGCGAGAAGCCCUACUCUUGCGAAGUUUGCGGAAAAGCCUUUGCAAGGAGAGACAAGCUGGUGAUACACAUGAACAAACUUCGGCAUCGGCCUGGUGUCGCAUCGCUGUCCACACCAUCGGUGAACAACAGUCUUCACAACGACCAGCAGCAACAACAGCAACAACAUCAGCAACAGCAGCAAACGCAGCAGCAGCAGCAACAACAACAACAACAAUCGCGUCCAGACAGCACACUGAAACCCAAGGAAGAACCCGUCAGUUGGGCGUGUGAACUGUGCGGUCGAGUGCUGGCCACUAGAGAAGAAUGGUCUCAACAUGCCAGGUCGCACCUGGAGGCCUCGGGACCACCUCAACACGCCGCGGCCUAUUUCCCGGGCUCGGUGCCUCCGCCCCAGCCUUAUCCAGCAGAGAGGCACCACUGCAUGAUGUGUCGGACGGACUUCACCGACAAGACCGAGUUCAUCCUGCAUGUGCGCUCGCAUUUCGAGCCUCAUGCGCAGCAAGCUGCUGCAGCGGCUGCGGCGGCCGCUGCAGUCAAACAGGAUCCUGCCACAGCUGAACUCAUUGCUCGCGGGCUCGUCGACCCAUCCGGACUAUGCAGCUAGAACCUUCUCGAGAUGCGACAUCGACAUCGCCUGGUACCCCACGGUACCCUGACUCCUUCGAUCCGCGUACUACCCUAAAAUAGUCGAAGAGGGUUGCAGGAUGAAUUGUUUAGCGAGUAGUUAUAGCUGGUUCUGAAAGUGUGGCUAACGAGUUUUGCGAUGCUCAGUUGAGAAGGUUUAGAGAUUGAACUCUCUGACUUACCACAGUUGAUUGAUUGACCAUCUGAAUAUGUUCGAAGUACCGUGACUCCAAAAUUGAGCAUCGUAUUAUCUUCGGAAAUGAAGGUGUAAAUUUUAAACUGCGUAUCAUGCUUUUGGUGAAAAACGUGAUUUUUUACAAUUCGAGAGAAGUGAAUUUGAAUGAAUGCGUAGCUUUUCUUUAAAAGAAGACUUUGAGACUAUUUCGAACAGUCACUAAAGCAGCUUCCCCGAAUUUUGUUUGCUUAUUGUGAUCGUACUAUUAAUUAGCUAUGGUUAAUAAUAGAAAUAUAACUAGAGAUUAUAGCUUUUUAAGACUCACUAAAUAAGUGUUAUGUUCGUAGAACUUGUAUUAGUUAGGUUCGUUUUUUAGUUGUGAAAACAGUACAAUUCAUUCUACUAUGUUUGCUAAGACUGUGAAAUUAGUUUUUAGAACUAUUUUGUUUUUAGAAUCUAUAUUCUUGUUGCCUUUUACGAAAUUUUUUCUUAAUUUAGAUACGUUUUUUAUCAUUCUCUUAUAAGUACGAAGUAAAUUAUAGAUAUUAUUUUAUCCAGUUGAUUUUAACUUGAGAAGUUCUGAAUCACAAGAAAAAUGAUAUGAUUUUGAUUUUUUCUUAUUUCAAGAUACGUAAUUGUGAUUAUAAAAUUUGCAAUUAACAAUCACAAUGUAUUUAGACUCCUUCAGUUUAUAUAAAUAUUGAAUAUUUCGGAUUCUGAAGCUUUGAGGCAAAUUAUCGAUUUUUUGAUGUGUUUUGUACGAUAAAUAUAAAAAAUUUGGCUAUCUUUUCAUCAUAUAUAAAUUAGAUUGGAUCUUCUGUGAAGAAUAAUUCUGAUCGAAACUCGCAAACUGUUGUACUUCCAAUUUUUCACAAUUAUACGUUUUUUUUGUAAUACCUGGAAUUUAAUUACUUGAUAUUAUUAGUUAAAUACCAGUAAGCUUCAAUCAUAAAGUCUUAAUCUUUGGAUACUUUUAUCGCGACUUCGGUAAAAAUAAGUAGUUCCCACAAAGCUAUAGGAAGAUUAUUUACAGAAGAGGUUUCGAAUUUUGUAUCAAUCGUUUAGAACGUAAUUAUAUGAAAUCAAAGCAAAUACAUUGUAUUAAAGAGUGGUACUGACGUGCAAUGAAAUCCAUAAAAAUCGCAUUUACCGACAUGGUAUAAUGCGUUUUUAAGAAAAUGUACAUAUGUUUCAAAGUACAUGUGGUGCCUUUUGCUUAACUUUGACUUACGCACGGCACAUAGUGCGCGCUUAGGGAGGCACGUUGCCAUGACGCUCGAAACGGGGCGCGAGUUGUAGAUGUAUUGAUUUUGUAGGUAAUUAUUGUCAGUUUUCUUGUUUUAUACUACAAUUUACUUCCGAAAUAAAAAAUAGUUGGGUAAGUGACUUUUGUACUAUGGAAGUAUACACGGCUAAAUUGAGUCAGUUAGUUACUGCCAUAAUAAUAAAAUACAAUGUAUACUCAUUAUAUCUUUAUAAAUAAAAAUCAUAUUGAACCAUUCA